UUUCACGAUAUCCAACCUUUGCGCUUUUGCGGAGCCGUCUGGACAGCUUCCUCAAUUUCCUCAUCGACCAAGUACCGACUUCAUUUCGCGCAAUCCACCCUCCACCGUCCUGCUCCUGCGCAAGCACUUUUAUUCGAACCAAAGAGCCACCCGCAUAUACCCAGCAUGUCAGGGCCUCCGCCCGGGGGUGUGCCUGCGCGCAGCAUGAGUGUAGGAAAUGGCCCGCCGAGUGCAGGCCUUCCACCUCAUAACGCGAUGCCACCGCAGCCAAGCUCAAUACCUCCGCCAGCAAGCUCGCAGUCCGGAACGCAAUCACAGCAGAACUUGAACCAGAUUGUUUUGGAGUAUCUUAGCAAGAAAGGAUAUGUACGAACCGAAGCCAUGCUCCGCAAGGAGUCAGAGAUACAGCAGCCGGGUGCUGAUGGAAGGCCGGUGGCACAACAGCCUGAGGCUGGCCUGGCAAAAUAUACAAAAGCCUAUGAGUUACUUCGAAAAUAUACCGAAGAUAAUCUUGAGCUGUAUCGGCCGGAACUUCGAAAACUCUUGUGGCCUUUUUUCGUAUAUUCUUUCCUUGGCCUCUUGAAAGACCACUACAUCAAAGACGCGGAGGCGUUCUUCUCCACAUACAAAACCUCCUUCGAACGAGAGCACGAGGACGAUGUAAAGACACUUGGAAUGGUCAAACUUCCGCAGCAUCUUGACAGCAGCAGGGUGGCAAAACUCUACCUGGAGAACAGGUACAGAAUCACACUGACCACUAUGCCUUUCUAUAACUUUGUCCAAUUUCUCGAGUCUAAGAUGUUUGAGGGCGGGCAGACAAUUAUGGACAUCAACCGAGAUCACAUGAAUAUUGUUACGGUCGAUCGAACAGCAACAGCGGAAAAGAGCAUCGCGGCCAUUCUAGCUAGUGGGCGGGGCGAUGAUGAUCUACCUGCAGAAGAUGAGGGUAUUCCUGGGCACGCCCCAGGGCACCCAUCCACAAAAGUUGCCCCGGAUCAAGAUCCACAUGCAGAUGCUGCAAGAAUUCGACUACAACUUGGCGCAUAUCCGCAGGAAGAAGAACUUCAAGAAGACGUACGUGCCGCGUUGAAAGAAGAAGACGAGAAGAACCCCAGGCGCGACGGACAGAACAAUUUGGUCGACGAAUACGAUCAGCUCAUUAAGCGUGAACCAAAUGAAGAUGCCCCUUCACGAGACCUUAUUCCUUUGCCGCCAUCACUAGCAAGAGACGUUUCGAUGGAAGUACAAAAGGUUAUCGAACACCGUGAUCGAUACAAAUUGGAAGGAAGGACGGGUGGUAUUGGCCCAGCUGUUAGCGUAAUUAUGUACACCUUCCACAACACACACGACAGCGUCAAUUGUAUCGACUUUUCAGGUGACAACCAAUUGGUUGCUGCAGGCAUGGCUGAAUCUUACAUUCGAGUUUGGUCUCUUGAGGGAAAGCCUCUCGAGUCAACAAUACCUGAGAACACACAACCGUCAUCGUCUCGCCGCCUUAUUGGACAUGCAGGCCCUGUCUAUGCGGUGUCCUUUUCUCCCUCCACAGUCAAUCCUGAUCCAAAUGGCCCCCCCACGAAUUCACAAUAUCUCCUCUCCGCUUCUGAAGAUCAGACUGUCCGGCUCUGGUCUUUAGAGACAUGGUCAUGCCUCGUGGCAUACCGCGGCCACAGCAACCCCGUUUGGGACUUGCAAUGGGGGCCACACGGGCACUACUUCCUCACUGGAUCGAACGAUCGCACAGCACGGUUAUGGUCGACUGAUCACAUAGACGCUUUGCGCAUUUACGUCGGUCAUGACAAUGACGUUGACUGCAUAGCAUUCCACCCCAAUAACAUGUAUGUUUUCACGGGAUCAUGCGAUCGGACUGUCCGAAUGUGGCAUAUCGCUGGUGGCAACUGCUUGCGAUUGUUCACGGGACAUGCUGGCAAUGUCACAGCGAUAGCUUGCUCACCGGAUGGCAAAACCCUGGCCAGUGCUGAUGAAACUGGAACCAUCAUCCUCUGGACACUUGAGACUGGUCGCCGAAAGAAGCGUAUGCGAGGUCACGGCAAGGGUGGCAUCUGGUCACUCUCCUGGAGUGUCGAAUCGACUGUACUUGUGUCUGCUGGUGCCGAUAAAACUGUUCGCGUGUGGGGUGCCCUCCAAGAAACCAAUGAGUCAGCAUCGAAGGCUACUGAUGGUGCCGCUGGCAAGGCUGACGGGGCACUUGCAACCAAAGCCGCGGCUGGAGCUGGUCCCGGAACGGGAGGCAAGAAGGCCCAGAAAGAGGCUGGUGUCAGUGCCGACCAGAUCAGUGUCUUUCCCACCAAAGACUCUCCAGUCUACAAAGUCCAAUUUACUCGGAUGAACUUGGUCUUAGCUGGUGGUGCUUACCUUCCACCACCAAAAGUAUAACAAAAGCACAAAUCGAGAUAUCAUUUCAUGUAUAAGGAGUAGAGGCGUUUUUGUAACGACCAUGUCAGGUCGGGAUAUGGUGGUUUAGGUGUUCGGGCAUCGGUCCGGUGUUUGGGUGAAGGCUCCUCAUUCAAUCAAUACCACAAUGUCUUGAGUACAAUCUUAUUCUUAACACAUGGCAUUCAGUUCAACUUCAUAUGCCCC